AUGAUGCCUCUCCACUUCAACCAGUCCCAGCGGCAGGCAAUCAAGAACGCCGGUGCAUUAGCUGGACUAAACGUGGUGCGCUCUAUCGCUGGGUCAACAGCAGCGUCUAUCGGGUAUGGGUUCGAGAAGACUGGUCUGCGGGCCAUACUUGUCUUUGAUAUGGGCGGCAGCGCGUUGGAUCUGUCGCUGGUGACCAUCGAUGACGACAUUUACGAAGUGUUGGCUACGCUCGGUGUUCCACAUCUUGGAGGUGUGCCCUUCAAGCGAACUCAUGGCAAGGACCUCCGUACUAAUUCACGAGCAAUGGUGCGCCUGCGUAGCGCUUGCGAGCAAGCCAAGAGAGCAGUAUCGACUUCAACGGAGGCACAAAUCGAGCUUGAGUCAUUGUAUGAAGGCAUUGACCUCAACUCGACGAUAUCUCGCCCCCGUUUUAACGACUUGUGCGCCGACUUGUUUGAUAAGGCAUUGGGGGCGGUAUCGAAGGUGCUGCGAGAUGCCAAGAAGUCAAAGACUCGAGUGGACGAGAUUGUGCUCGUCGGAGGUUCUCCGCGUAUACCAAGAAUGCAGCAACUAUUGGAAGAUUUCUUUAACGGAAAGAAGAGGAGUCCGCGGCGACCGGCGCAACAAUGCAAGCUGCCGUCCUCACUGGUGGCGAUGCGUCACCGAAGCUGGAAGAUUUACUGUUGCUGGAUGUAUUGA